AUGAUCUUAAAUAAAAAUAUAUUUGCAAUAACCACACCUUUAUCCAAUUACUUACAAAGUAAAUCCAUAGAUUUUAUUCAGGCAUUAAAUUUGGUUGAUGCAUCAAAAGAAAAAUUUACUUCUAUGCGCUGUGAUGCAGAAUUUGAACUAAUGGUAAAUGAAGCAAAACGUUUUGCUGAAAAACACAACACGUCAGAGUUAAAUUUUAAAGAAACUAGACCAAGAAAAAAAAAGGAUGCCUGGUACUUUAAAGUAUUGGAUCAAAUAAUUUCAUCAAUUAAUUCUAGAUUUAGUGGUGCCAGAGAAAUACUUAAAGAUGUAUCUCUUUUGUCUCUUGAACGACUGGUGAAUAUGAAAAAAGACAAUAAAUCUAUUCCAGAAGAUAGUUUCCAUAAUAUAUCAAAUUGGUUAAAAGAUAUUAACGGAAAUGAUUUGAAACGUGAAUACAUUAUGUUUAGUCAUAGUUUAAGAGAUCUCGUUUCAGGAUUAGAAACACCAUUAUUGUUACACAAGCCAGAUGGCCCAGAUGAUACAUAUGAUACGGAUUCAAGUGACAAUACUAACACUGAUGAUGAGGACAACACAGCAGAACGUACCUUUUCUAAGGUGAAGUUAAUCAAAACCAGAUUAAAAUCCACUAUUGAUCAAAAUAGACUGGAAAGUUUGAUGUUAAUCAGUUGUGAGAAAGACAUACAAAUUAACUAUAAUGACGUUAUUGACACAUUUGGAUUAUCAUCACAGGUUUUAAAUGAUGCAUUGAUGUUCAAAUAA